AUGGGACAAAUGGUGACAAUUUACAGUUUUUGUGGUUUUAUCACAGAUGAAGGUCUUCCUGAGCUUCGAGAGGCAUUAACUAAAAAGUUGCGUGAAGAAAAUAAGUUAACAAAAUCCUCAGUGAUGGUAACUACAGGGGCAAAUCGGAUGUUUGGCAUGAAUAUCAUUAUAACUACAUCCAUUGCAAUGUUUGUUUCACGAAACAGGAAUGAAAAACUGAUCACUAGACCCACAGUAUUUACAGUUAUUGACUGA